UCGCACGCAUGCACAAACAGGACCUGUGGACAUGCAAUGGUGGAGGGAUGUCAGAGUGGGUCUGCUACAAGCUGCUAAGCUGGCAACGCCCAGAAAAACUUUCCCUAGGAGUUUUAAGUAGCUGUAGAAAACAAUGUGUGCAGCAGUCUUUUGAGGAUUCUGUUUAUGCCGUCAGAACAGCUGAAGUAUAAAGUCAUUCUUUUUUUUAGAAUUUAGAUUACGCUUUAUGGGAGGUGCUUCUCCUCCCAUCUUCUCCCUUCCCAUUUUAUGAAUGGACAGAUGAUGAUGUUACCGCAGAGUGAAGAUCUACAUGUGGGCGUUUGGCACUGGCCACACUCUUCCACAGCCAAUAUAAGCUUACACGUGGUAAAGAGCUCUUGUUUAGUAGCACCCCCUGACAGAGAUGCAGCCUGCAGACAUGGGACAGAAGCAGAUGAGAUCCACUGUGCCAAUUGAAGAGGCCUGCAGAAGAGUAGAUAUCCACCAGGACGAGUCUGUGCUCAUCCUCCUCCAACACUGCCGGGACAUAAAACAACGGGACACUCGGUUCAGACUUGUCUCUCUGCUGCUGCUGCUCGGCUGUGUGUCACUCUUCAUUUUCCUCCAGCUUCGGGAAUACUAUGGAUCCACUCGACAAGAGAACGCUGUGCAGUCAGGUCCCGCCUACUCAAAGCAAGAGUGCCCUUCAGCUGAUCCUCAAUCAAUCUCCUCCAACAGACUGUCCAUUGCUCUCACCUCCAUGAAGGUUCAAACAAACAAUGAUUCAGGGUACUUGAACUGGAGGGGUGAAAAACAUCGCACAUCCACAGAUGCCAUCGAGAUCUCUAAGACGGGCUACUACUUCAUAUAUUUGACGAUAACUUUUAAGUGCGACCUCCAACACCAGGACGAGGACUUUCAGGAGUUCCGUUUGACCCUGCAGCGUUCCAACGAAGGAUACGGACCCAAACCCAAACCCUACAACCUCACAACUGCAAUGGACAGUGUAGGGUGCAGCCCAAGAUCUGACUCUUUGACUCAAGUCAGGACUCUCACGAUGGUGCAGCUUUUUUCUUUGAUAGAAGGAGAUCAUGUAAAAGUUUGGGUCAACAAGGGUUUAGGAAUGAUCAUCAAAUCGUUCUUUGGCGCUUUUCAGACAUAAAGAUGAAGCAAUCCUGAGGAUGUUCAUUUUUUUUGUGCACACAAGAAGAAGGAGAAGACAUACUUUGUUAAUCCUGUGAGGGGAAAUUCAA